UCAGUUUUUCAAAUUUCAAAAAUAACAGAGAAAAUGAACCGUUGGAGGAAGUGCACAAGCCGCCAAUCAGUUUUAAACAUAAUGAAAUUGUCAACCACACCCCUUUUUUCAUCCCCUAAAGUCUCUCACAUGGAUUCUUGAAGCUCACAAUAUCAUCUUGUAUACAUAAGUUAUACAUACAAACAAGAAAAUGAUGAGAAGCCAUGGUUGGCAACGCCCUCUGCACCCUUUGCAGAUUGUAGGAAUGUCAAUUUUCAGUUUCUUGGUUGUGGCCUUUUAUUGCUUUUUGGGGCUUUUCCUUGGAAAUCGAAGUGCAGAGAUCAGCGUUACUACAAUAUAUUCCUUUGUGGUACUUGCAGUUAUGUUUUUAUUCGUAAGAUGCACUGCCAUCAACCCAACUGAUAAAACCAGCUCUAGGAAGCUGAAAAAAAGAGCCAAUUUGGUUUUGAAGUUAAAUUAUGGGUUUGUAUUUAGUCAGCUGAUUGUGAGGUUUUUUAGAAGGAUGGAGCGCAAGAUUCUGAGGAAUUUUAUAAGGAGGAAAUAUCUUGAUCCAUGGAAAACUAGUGCUCAAAUGGAACCCCUUUUACCAUUUCCACUCGUCAUGAAAGAUGAUGCAAUUGCCCCUGAUCCUAAAGAAGAUGAUAUCUCCUUCUGUGCUCUCUGCGACAUGGAGGUGAAAAAGCAUAGCAAGCACUGCAGGACUUGCAACCGAUGUGUUGAAGGGUUCGACCAUCACUGCAGAUGGCUGAACAACUGUGUUGGUAAAAGGAACUAUACAACAUUUAUCCUUCUCAUGGUAUUUGUCUUGUUGAUGCUAUUAAUAGAAGGAGGGACUGCUCUUGCAAUAUUUAUUAGAUGCUUCACUGAUAAACGAGGUGUAGAGCACGAAUUAGAGAGAAGGCUGUACAUGAAGUUUCCCAGAGGACUUCUGGCAGCAAUAUCUAUGUUGCUGGUUUUAUUGACAGCAUACAGUUCUGCUGCAUUGGGACAACUUUUCUUCUUUCACGUUGUUCUCAUCCGAAAGGGAAUGAAAACUUAUGAUUACAUAUUGGCAAUGAAAGAGGCAAACCAGUCUAUGGAACUAGAAUCAAUUGAUGAUUCAGAUUUCUCUUCAGACGACGAGAGCAUCGACUCAGACUUGUCUGAAAAGCCCUCUUUUAUUUCGAAGUUCAUAUGCAGGGACCAAGUUAAUCAGAAACCACAAAGAUUGUCCAUAAGAAUAGAUAAAGAACCUGAACAACCCAUAUUGAACAAGAAGCAAGGCUUCCAUGCAAGUAUCAAUCCAUGGAAACUAAUAACAAUGAAUCGGGAGAAAGCUCUCCUGGCAGCUGCUAAAGCCAGGGAUAAGCUCGCGGAAGAAAAGGCAACGUCUGAACAAGAUUCGCUGAAGCCAUUACCACUGGAGACGAAAAGAGGACCAUCUAUUAACAUAGAGAAAGAUAUGGCAAGUGAGGUCUCCGGUUCAACAACUAUCAUCUCCCAAGCAAAUCAUUCAACAUCACCAUCACUAUUUUCAAGUCCAAGGAGACGGUUUUCCAGCUCCCCAUCAAGAACAGCGGCUGCUGUAGCAGCUUCACCAAAGCAUAGAUAUAAAAGCAGUUUCGACUUAAAGUUAACUGAGGUCUCGCAGGAGCUUGAGACUUAUAUAUCGAGGCAAGUUUUGUGUUCUGUACUGAAAGAAACCGGGUGUGAAGCUUCUCCGAGAUAGAAUUUCAAAUUUGAUUUUUCUCAGCCUUUGAGAAAGGCUCUGAUUGUACCUUAAAUCUGUAUGUAGUACUAAUUUUUUGGGAUCCUACAGAUACAUGUAUGAAUAUGAUGUGAAACUAAUUAUCUCUGAGCACAAGUUGUGUGGAUCAUGUAGAGUCUUUUUUACUUGGGCUGCUUCUUGCCAAGGAA